UACAUAUUUUAUCAAAGGCCUCACAAUUGGUAGACAGUAAGUUUCGGAACCCAUGGAAGGGAAAUCAUCUGUCUUGAGUAGAUGGAAACUCUUCUCACUUGGAUGCUUUUUUGGGAGUCUGCUCCUGAUCCUCUUCAUCGACCAAAUCCAAAAAAAGACUUUAAGUCUAACUCUAACAGCUCCAAAAAACAAUAUGGCAAAACUUCCACCUUACUUAACGCCAUUAGCUCCCCCAACUACAAUGACAACCACAACUUCGUCUUCAAAUCUCACCAUUAUCAAUCCAAUAGAUAAGCCGAGUAAUGUCACCUUUAACAGCACUGAAAAGGCGGAAACCCAAAAGGCCGAGUGUGAUAUGUUUCAUGGAAGAUGGGUUUACAACGCAGAGCAAAAACCCAGUUACGAUGCCAUGACGUGCCCAUUCAUAGAGAAGGGUUUGAGUUGUCAAAAGAAUGGUAGGCCAGAUUUCGAGUACGAAAACUGGAGAUGGGAAGCUAGAGAUUGUGAUAUACCAUUGUUUGAUGGAAAAGACAUGUUAAAAAGGCUUGGGAACAAGAGGGUAAUUAUAGUCGGCGACUCAAUCAACAAAAACAUGUGGGAAUCUCUUGCUUGUCUUCUCUAUACAUCAAUUCCUUCUUCUAGAGCUGAAAUUGUUCAAAACUCAGCUUAUAAGGCGUUAAUAGCAAAGGAUUACAAUUUCGUUCUUGAGUUCCAUUGGAGCCCAUUUCUAACUGAACUGGACCAACAGCACAAAAGUGGCCGCAGAGUUCUUAUUCUUGACAAGAUUUCACCCAAUUCUGAGCAAUGGAAAGGUGCUGAUAUUAUGAUAUUUAAUUCUGGACAUUGGUGGACGCAUAAGAAAGAAAUACAAAAGUGGGACUUGUUCGAAUACAAGGGAAAUCUAUCAGUCGAAUUGCCGAGAGAAGUCGCCUACAAACGGGGUAUGAGAACAUGGUUGUCAUGGUUAAAGAAAAACGUGGAUCCCAAUAAAACAUCAGUGUUCUUUCGAAGCAUUUCGCCUACACAUACAGCUCGUAAAUAUGAUCAAUGGUGCUACAAUGAAACGCGACCUAAGAAGUAUGAUUCCUAUGAGUUAGGCUCCGCCAAAAGUUUGGUUGGUGUGAUUGAGAGGCUGAUAAAAGGAAUAAAGACAUUACAAGUCAAGUACUUGAAUAUUACCAAGCUCUCCGAAUAUAGAAUUGAUGCACAUCCAUCAAUUUAUACUACAGAAUCGAACAGUUUGACAAAAAAGCUGGAGGACAAUAGAUCAGGUUUUCUUGAUUGUAGCCAUUGGUGUCUUCCGGGGUUGCCUGAUACAUGGAAUAGAUUAUUAUAUGCUUCAAUAUACUUUCAGACUUUAGGAGAUAUGCCAACUUUAUAGCAGAAAAUUUUGAUAUUUUUUUCUUAGGCGAUAUUAUCUUUUAAGAUUUUAUGGUUGUUUUGAUACGUCUCAUCAAAGAUGGGAUAUAUUCAAAUUUGUUAAUGUACUCCCAUUUUAUAUUUAUUAACAUUGUUGAGUUUAUUCUCAGAGAGAUGAAUGGACGAAGAA